AUGCAAGAAUUAAAUAAUGAGAACCAGUCACCUCAAUUGAUUGAAAAUGAAGCAGAUGGUGAAUCAAUGAUAUUGACGAAAGUUAACGAGGAUGGAACUACUUCAAAUUACUUUGAUAAGCGAAAGGUGAAAAUAGCACCAAGGUCUACUUUACAGUUUAAAGUUGGUCCACCAUUUCAAUUAUCCAAUAAAUUUGGAAACGUUCUUGAUAAUAAGACAGGUCAAAGUGUUAAUCUCAAAAUUAUUCCUCGUAUUGAUAGAGGGUUCGAUAAUAUCGAUAAUGAGUGGGUAGGUUAUAAGAGAAAUUAUUUCACAUUAGUCACUUCUUUUCAAGUUCGUAAUUAUUCACUUGAGAAAUUUUUGGAUUCCUCAUACCAAGUGACAUUUGUAGAAAAUUUCUAUAGGCAGACUGCAAAUAUUAAAUAUUUUGCUGUUAAAAUAAAGGCAAGAACUGAUAAUGAGUAUUCAGAAAUUAAUUUAGUACAACAUACUGCAAAGAGAGAUAAAGGUCCACAAUUUGCCCCAGAAUUAUGUCCGUUAAUACCAUCAUCUUUACCAAAACACCAAAUUAUCAGGGAAGCAUCAAAUGUUAGAAACACAAAUAAAAUGAAAAAAUAUGAUUCAACCUUUUUUUUUCAUAGGGAUCAAGAGGACAAUAAAUAUGAUAUGGAUGGCAUACUUCAUUCCUAUCCUGAGGAUUGUAUACAAAAGGUUGCAAGGUAUGAAAGAGUGCAAUUUGCGUCCUCAAUAAAUGUUAAGAAACCUAGUCAACAAAAUAAACAUUUUCGUCUCUAUGUUGUAUUAGGAGCAGUAAUAGAGACAAAGGAUCUCGAAGGCAAUUUUAAAACAACACACUGUGAUGAAGUCGCACUUGGUAAUGGAGAAAAGGGCUUAUUUGUAUAUUUACAAGAAAUGAAUACACCGCCUUUAAUAAUUAGAGGUAGAUCACCUUCAAAUUACACUAGUUCACAAAGAGUAACAUUGAGGACUAAUUCAAUGACUCCCUCAGUUGCUGAAUCAAGUAGUCAGGAUAUUAUAAAUACGAAUUAUACGGAUGCGGUAAGAAAACCAAGCGUGAACGAUUUACCAAAUGGUAAACAGCCAGUUAAGAAACAGAAAGUAGGAAGGCCUGCAAAAAGAAAGUCAAAAGUUUUAGAAGUUUUAAAGGAUGACACAAAUAAGGAAUGUGUAUCUACGUUUCUGACUGAGAAUUAUUCUUCGCACGAUAACUUUGGUAGCCAAAUAAUUCCCAGAAACUGCAAGAGGGUUCAGACAAUUGAUGAGAUAGAAAAAAUAAUGUCUUCUCAGUUACCAUUAUGUGAUAAACUUGCAUCCUUAAGAGAUUCUCAAGGAGACAUCUCAUCCUUCCCACCUCGUGAACAUAAGGUCUUCAAGGUCGUGCCGACAUCAUCUCGAAAAUUAUCAGUUGAUUUAAAGGAUAUUGAAUUAAAACCGUCACAUUCGUCACUAAAGGAUGAAAUGUGUGCUAUUGGGUCACUUGCAUUAAAUUUACCAACAGGUGGAACUUCUAAUAUCAGUUCAAGCUCCCAUAAGAGGGAAUAUGAUUUGUUGGAUAUAAGUACCACCGAUGAUGAUCUUACAAAGUUUCCAGAUGCAUAUGAAGAUUGGAAAAAUUACAGAGUUAAGUCAAAAGGAGGUUUAUCUUCUGGAGAAAUAUCAUAUAUUUAUAACAUCACUACGUCUAAUUAUAAAUUUAAUCAUGACGGAUCAUUUGACUGUGCUGAUGCAGGUAAUGUAUCGAGAGCAAUCCCAAGGAGUAUGGGAGUGACCUCACUUCGAAGUACAGCAUCAUCAUCAGCAAGAGGCAGUAUUUUUCAGGGAAACGGUUGGGCCCCAGUGGAUAUGAUACCUGUAGAACUUAGUGAUACCUCAAUGAAAUUUGAUGAAACUAGUUUCGCAUAA